AUGACGACAAGCGACAUCGGCCAGCUCUGGUCGAAGGCACUAGAGGAUUAUAAGGACGAAACAAAUAUUAACCUAGAGGACAAACAUGACAUCUUCAAAGGAGUUCGUAUUCGCUGGGGGAAAGAAGAAGUCGUAGACGCUGCGGAGCCUGUUAGGGGGCCAGGACAGCCUCAGAAGAAGCUGGCGGAUCUCGCUCAGUAUCUCAUAGAAGAAUCCACGCAAUUCAAGAAGGCGAGACAUGACAACAAAAAAUUGGAUAAGGCUCGAAGCCUCAUAUUCAGGAUGGCAAACCCUCUGAAGUUACUGGCAACUACUGCUAGCAAUUCAGCAGACGCAGCUUGUCCCGCUGCGCCGGUCAUCUUAGUAGUCUUCACAGAAAUCAUUGGAGCGUGUGUCAAGGUGAGUGAGCAGUUCGACUCCAUCGAAGGCCUCUACUUAGUGAUACACUCUUUCGUGGACCGACUCCAAUUGUUAGAGGGAAGCUUGCCGGCAAAACCAGUCUACCAAAAGCAAGUGACAAUGACGUUCAGCGCCAUCUUGAAAUUUUGCGGCAAGACACAUACGUAUAUGACAGGCACUGGUACAGGACGGCAUCUCCACCGGAUGAAGACGUGGUUUAAAGCCCUAAUAAACGGAAAAGACCCAGUCCUAAAGGCUACGUACGACGAAGUCAUACGUUGUAUCGCAGGCUUGGAUUCGGCCACCAUCAUGGUGACGCUAACUUCAGUCAUUGAUAUGAAAACUAAUCUCAACAACCAACGCACACUAAUCGAGGAGACACUUGGGGGAAUAAGUAGCAUCGUCAUCUCCACAGAAAAAAACCAUCACAAGAUGGAGCAGCGAGAAAAAGAUGACAACAAGUUCCAGCAGGAAGCCCUUCGUCUACUCCGCCGUCUGGAUAGCCCAGCGAAUGUGGACCCUAUGGAGCGGAAAUCCCAGGCCCUUGAAAUCGUCACGCAGGUACUGGCGGUCGGUGUAGAGAACCUUGUUCAGCAACGCUUGAAGGAGUUGGAGCAGUCGUACGUUGCGCACACGUUCGACUGGAUCACAGAUACAGAGGGUUACCGUUCUUUCAUGUCAAAGGACGUUAGAAUUCUCUUUAUCAGAGGUGAUUCUGGCAUGGGAAAGAGCAUGUUCUCGUACUACUUUUACGACACGCUGUUGAAAUAUUUCGAACACGAUGCCGCGACGUCAGUCGCAUAUUUCCCAUUCGACGACGAGGUUGAGAGCCUACAGUCUGUCAAGAAUAUGCUCUGCUAUUGCGCUGCUCAAGUUGCCAGGAAGGAUUCUACAUACGUGGACGAAAUAUUGGGAGUCAUUCGGCGCGACUCGAACGCGGAUUAUCGCGGCGAAAACUGCUGGGAAAGACUCUUUGGAGGGAGAUUUAACUGGAGACAGAGGAGGCUUGUCAUGAUCUUGGAUGGCUUCGACCAGCUGCCGGAAGAAGAGCAGAGUGGCUUGAUAACGUACUUGACAGACGCUACCUUACAGCUAUCGAAAGAGAAGCAGACAACAAAGUUGAGAAAGGACUUAGAAGAAGCUGUCUCGGACAAACUGUCGGAAGAGCAAAAAACACAGUUGGUGAACGAAUUUGUGGAAGAGCUUUCGGGCACAACAUCGGAGAAGGAGCGAACACAACUGGUGAUCGAAUUUGUGAAAAAGCUCCCGAACGCAACAUCAGAAGAAAAGCAAAAGUUGACCAAGUGUUUUCCAGACACUCUGUCGAGAAAGUUGUCAAUCCAAUUCAUUCUAACCGCAACACCUAAACCACAACUGGACAGUCUAGAAGCCACUAUGAUUGACUUGAAUCAGGAGAGGAUAACCGACUUGGAUCGGAAGAGGAUGCGCAAAGAAAUGCGCAAAGACAUCAGGGAGGUCGCUCAGGCGCGUGUAGAGACCCUCCCGAAGCUUUCGACGUUUCGACGAGGCAUGAAAACGAGAAUCGUUCAGCUGAUGGAUGAGAAUGCAGACAGCUUCCUCUAUGUUGAUCAUACACUCCGCCGAUUCAACCAGAUUGGGAGUGCUUCGGUUAUUUCCAAUUCGCUUGGCUCAUGGCCCGACAAUACGAUUGAGCUGUGCAAUAAGCUGUUCCUAGAAUGCCUGGAUGGUGAAACUGAAGCCUACAAAACGGCGCUCACACGGCUGUUUUGUUGGCUGGCUUACUCUAAACGACUGAGUCUAGGCGCUGCGGCUCGGCUUCUAGCCCUAAGCAGGCCACCUACUCCGGAGCGGGUCAUCGAGCAGGAGGUAGAUGGGAGACUUUCGAGAGUUUUCUCUGUCCUGGACCAUUACGACGAAAACGACCAUGAUAUCUAUACCACCGACGACGACACCCAGAGCCACCACGAAAGCGGGACGAGCUCUGAGAAGGUUAAAGGCCUUCUUGGAUUUCGAGAGCGUUCUUUCAAAACCUACUUCCGCGAGCUCUUCGAACAACACCCCGCAGACCGCUAUCCUGGCCUCUCGAAACAUGAUGUCUACGUCAUGAUGUUCGAGAUGUCAGCAGAUAUCCUGGUAAUGCACCCAACGGCGGGAGCGGACGGUGUAUACAACGAUGCAGAAGAAGAACUCAUUUCAUAUGCAUCAAAGUCGUUCCUCGAAUAUCUGCUCGCCCUGCAGGACGUGAGCGCCGAGGAAGUAGGGCCCGUUUUAAACCGUCUUUUGAGAGCGCUGGCGAAUGACAACGGAGCCUUAACCAAACUAGAGGAUAUUGUUGACCCAUACGAGGACCACGGGCCUUACAGCAUCUUUGGAGUAGAUGUGAAAGAGCCAUUGAAGGUAUUGAAGAAGCUUGCAGGGCUAGCUCCUAAUAUCACCCAGACAGCCGAGGACAACACACUAUUUGAAGGUAUCGAGUGGGCCAAGACAAAUCUUGGAGAUGGACAUGUCGUUCUGAAGAACAUCGCUUUGAAACACAUUAACAACUGGUUUGAGGCUGAGGACGCCCCUUUGGCUUUCACCUCCUUUCGGUUCGCCCAUCAAGCACUCUGCGACCUUAGUGCGGUAUAUUUCACCGACUUGACUGCGAGGGCGAGAACCGAUUCUUUAUUAAAUAAGCUAGGCAUAACCGAGGACAUCAAUGCAGGGUCAGUCGAAGGAGUUGUUAAGUUUUGGUUCGCCCAUCAGGUACUCUGUGAACUGAGUACGGAAUGUUUCACCGACUUGAUUCCGACUGCGAGAACCGAUUCUUUAUUAAAGAAGCUAGGCAUAAACAAGGACAUCACUGCACGGUCAGUCGAAGGAGAUGCUAAUUUUUGGUUCACCCAUCAGGAACUCUGCGACCUGAGUGCGGAUUGUUUCACCGACUUUAUUGCGAGUUCGGGAAACGAUUCUUUAUUGGAGAAGCUAGAUAUAACCAAGGACAUCACUGCAGAGUCGGCCGAAGAAGCUCCUAAGUUUCGGUUCCAAAAGCGCAUUGCGCAUAUACAUAAACAGAUUUCCCUAGUUUUAUUCUUCGUGGACAAUCCCAGCAAAGCAUUGAAUCAUGCCCAACUAGGAUUAGGUAAAGCUGAAUCUCCCGAGGACAAAUUCCAACUGAGCUACAGAAUUGCCCGCACAAAGUUCUCGGUUUGGAAACACAUCUUCAAACCGGAGGACAAGUCUUUUAUUGAACUAGAGGCAGCUCACAAGAGUUACUCACUUGUCGAUGCCAACGAAAAUGGCGUGUCUACUUUUGAUGUGGCGGAAGUCAAUGAUGACGUGUCUGAUCUUGAUAUAGCGAAAGUCCGCGUGUCUGCUAUUGAUGCGGCUAUCGAAGUCAAAAGACUUUUCGAGAAUGCUCUAGGUAUACAUAAACCAAAGAUAGAGAAAUUGGAUUCCGAUCUUAUGUUUACCGUCAACGGAGCUUAUCAGAUGAAGGCCUUACUCGAGACGCUGACUGUAUCCCGGGAGACUGCGAAUGCUGUCGAAAGCAUGGCCAAGGCGAUGGAAGUGAGGACUUCGGAUACUUAUGUCCGCUUCUUCAACAACCUCAUCGAAGGAUUUUCAGAGAAGAGAAUGUGGCGGGAAAUCAAUGAGCUGCUAGAAAUAUUGUACAACGAUAAUCCGUUCGAGGAUGGCUUAUGGGAAAUAACCCACAGGGCUAUUCAGAGGGCAGCAAAAGCAGGAAAGCCCGAGGACCGCGAUAGGGUCAAGAGACUCUAUCAACAGGCCACCCCCAGCCAAUUGGACGGAGCAGAGUCCAAAAUACUGGAGAUAUCGCUGUGGUUUGCCAAGUUUCAAUGGCUAGUCCUAAAUGAUCCGGCGCCAGCUAAAAAGCUGACCCAGAGGAUCUUCAACGUCAGUCGUGACGGCCUGCAAUGGGUUGGAGAAUCCAGCAGGCAACUUGCCGAUAUUCUAACUGAGGAAUUCCGCACAUCGUGUGACCCAAACGGCAAGCAGAAAACGUUGAAGGAAAUGGAAGAGCUCAUCGAGGUCACUAAACAGCGACACGGGCCAGAGUUUCAAGCAGAGCGGGCACACACGCGCAUUCCCCUAGCAAUUAUGCGACAAAAGAUGGGACCAGCCGAUAUAUUCUUCAAAGAUCUGAAAGAUACCUUUGACGGCUGUCUUAAGGCACUGAAAGAUGAUCGGUCCGACAACGAUCCGUUUAGCUUUCGUAUGCUUGCGAAAACGCUGUCCCUCGUUCCCAACAUGAACAAGGAGUUUGCUAAAGUUUCCCUUUCUUGCCAAUUCUCUAUUGUUGACAGAGAUCUAUACGAAAAGGAACAGGAGGAGCAGAAGGACAAUGACAACAAAGAUACGUAUUGGAGUAUCCAAUGUCACUCGUGCGGGAAGUCGACAAGUGGUUUCGAGGAUACGAAGUAUUACCUAUGUUAUUACUGCGCGAACUGCGACCUAUGCGGUGAGUGCUACGAACGCCGGAAAACCGAGGAACUACCGGCGGAUUGGAUCCAGGUCUGCCCCAUUGGCCACGAUCACAUUGAGGCACCAGUCGAUGAGUGGGAUGGAAUACAUUCUGGUUGCAUAAAGUACGGCGGCAAGAAGAUUCGAUUUGAAGAUUGGCUGGAAACGCUGAAGAUGGAGUGGAAAAAAUGCUGGGACCAAUAUUGGCAGUGA